CUUACCUUUUCUCUCUUACACACCCUACGCACUUGUAAAUCUUCGUUUGGUUCAACAAUUUCAGAUCUACGUGGUGAUGGGGACUCAGCGGACGAAUUCAGAACUCAGCCUCCAACUCAGUUGGAGUCAACUCACCACCACCACUGAUUCGCAGAAGGCCUGGCACAUUUUUGCUGUUUUACUCGCGCAUGGGCUCCCGGCCCGGCCGGAUGAGCUUACAUCUAAAUGCGUUCUCUUUGAUUCAAGUUCGGUUGAAAUUCAUUUCCUCUGCUCCAUUCCUAACUCUCCUAUCAGUUUAACUCCCAAUCACUUUGUCACGUUAUCGCGGAUUGGAUUUGCUGCUAUUGUGCAAUUUGUCUCAAAUGCUAAUGUAAUUUGUACAAAUUGGAAUUUGAUUUCGGAGUUCGUGCCGCGAUGGAUCGGGAUACCAGAUAUUAGGCCGAAUGAUACAGUGAGGGCUUAUUACAGGAGGAGGAAAAGGCUGAGAUCGGAUGUUGAGGAUUUUUCGGUGGUAAAAAGGAGAUGUUUUUUGGAAAUUUCAGUUGAGAAGAGUCAGAAGCUGACAGUUACUAAUGAGAUUGAGAAUCCUUCAAGUGAGGCUUGCUUUUUGGAUGGCAAAUUGGGCAAAAGCACGAAGACACCAUCCAAUAUUUUAUCAGGCAUGGCAUGUGAUUGCCAAAAUCUGGAGAAAAUCAAGUCUAAAACUUCCUUUAUAGUCGAUCCUAAUAUUGGACAAGGGAAUUAUGAAAUUGACAAUAUUGAACGUGUACAUAAAGAGAUAGCAGAUAACCGACACAGGAAAGAGCUCGAAUGUGUUCAUAACUGUAGGUGUCAACCUGAUUAUCUUUUUUGUGAAAGAUUUACACAUUUUCUCAAACCAAUGGUAGCAGAGAGAACAUUGAAUCCCACGCCUCGUACAGAGCCCUCAUUUCUACCUGCUAUUCUUGAAAAUCUAGAAGUGAGCAAAGAUGGCAAGGUAGAUGUUAUAAAUCCUGCUGGUAAUAUAAAUCUUAUUGCAACAUCUUGUAUAGAAGUAAAUCAGAAGAUGGCAGUGUUACAACCACAGACUGAGGCCAUUGACCAUGGUUGUAAGUCAGAAUCAGUAAACAAAAAAAUUAUGAGAAAAAUAGCAGAACCAUUAAGUGAUUCUGGUAGCUACAAAAAAGAUAAUGAGAAUCUGCAGACUGACAUAACCAAUGCAGAUAAAUCACCAAAAUGUGAUAUUGGAGAGAUCAUUACCACCAGGCUCAAUAAUGUAAAACCAAACCGGCACAAAUUGAGAAUGGAAAUGCCUAUACAGAGUCUGAAGCAGUUGGCAAAAUCCUCCAAACUGAAAUCUGUUCAAAAGGAUGCAACAAAUUGUGGAGCACAAUCCAUCUGCAAGAACGUGAAAAAUAAUAGGAAUCUUGAUCCCCCUGUGGAGCUUCAGCAUUUUAAAAAAGAUAAAAAGCAAAGCUCCAUUAAACAGAAGAACCAAAUGGAGGAAAAAACAUUUCCAGACUUUGAGUCGUUUAUUGUUGAAGAAGAAGAGGGUUCAGGAGGUUAUGGCACAGUUUACAGGGCAAGAAGAAAGACUGAUGGUGUGGUAUUUGCUAUCAAAUGUAGGAUACUAACUACUUUUCUGUAACCUGUUUUACUGGAUUUUAGAUUUCACAUUAUAUAAGUUGCAUUAUUAGGUGUAAAAUAAAAAAUAAAAUAAAAAUAAAUUGAUGAUCAGAUACUAAAUAUUACAAUUCUCGUGAAGUAAAAUAUAAGCCCACACUUCAUAGUUAGAAUUUUUUACUUUCAUAGGAUUAUAUCGGGCAGAGAGUAGAAAAGAAAACUGUUGACAGAAGUGAUCAUUUUCUUGAUUCUUGUCCAUGAAACUUAACAAUACAGUAGAGAGAUGCAUGCAUGGAUAUACAACAUCUUUCGAUGGUUCUGGAAGCUAGAUUA